AUGUCGGGGAUAGGAAAGCUAAAGAUAAAAGGAAUCCGGGCAUUUACGGAGGAGCACGCUGCAACCAUAGAGAUGCAGAACCCGCUAACUUUGAUAGUGGGCCACAAUGGAACCGGGAAAACAACUAUAGUUGAGGCGCUGAAGUAUGCGACUACAGGGUCGCUGCCGCCAAACAGCCGGAACGGGGCUUUUGUGCACGACCCGAGGGUGUCGCAGGAGGUGGAGACGAAGGCCCAGAUAAUGAUGAAGUUUACAUCGUGCGAGGGAAAGCAGUAUGUGGUUGUGCGAGGGAUGUCGCAAACCGUGGGAAAAGUAAAAAGAGAAACCAAAACCGUGGAGAGCGUUCUGUGGGAGGUCGACAGCGGGGAAAAAAGAAUGAUCUGCAACAAGCUGUCAGAGGUCGACAGUGAGGUGCCUUUUCUUCUGGGGACAACGCCUGCAGUUCUAGAGAGCGUUAUAUUUGUGCACCAGGAGGAGUCUGCCUGGCCCUUUGGAGACGCCACGGUGCUGAAGAAGAAAAUGGACGCGAUAUUCUCGUCCUCAAAGUUUGUGAAGGCUAUAGAGUCGCUCACGGUGCUGAAAAAAGAGAAGGCCGGGGAGGUGAAGCUGCUGGCCUGCAAGUACGAGGCGCUCCAGCUGAAGACGCAGAACAAGCACGUCAUUGAGCAGAGGAUUGCGCGGAGUGUGGGCCGGCUAGAAACGGUGCGGGACAUCUCGGAAAAGGCAAAGGAGCGGAUGGACCGCGCGCAAAUAGACCUGAGAGAAGCCCAGAAAAGGUACGAGCACUCGCUGUGCAGGCUGCGAGAGAAAGAGAAGGCGCAGUCUGAGCUGCACGGGCUUUCCACAAAGAAGCUUAUACCUGGGACUGUUGAGGAGCUGGAGGCUCUGCUGCCGGGCGCAUGCCUGGAAGAGGCAGAGGAGCUGAAGCAGGAGGGGAGCAUUCUAGAGGUGGAGCAUCAGGACGUGCUGGAGAAGAUCCGGCGGCUUGAGGACCUGAGGUGCGCCUUUGAGCAGAGCAAGACAGAGGCGCACGCCCUGCGCCUGGAGAAGGAGAGAAAAACUUCCGAGCUAAAAGGGGCGCUUUCUCAGAGCCGGCAGGCGAUGGACAGAAUGUGCGUGUCCAUGCAGGAGAUUAUGCACUCUAUGAAAAGCGAGCUGCAGAGCGAGCCUGAAGAAGAGCUCAGGCCCGAGCAGAGGGGUGAGCUGGACAGCGAGAUAAACAGCCUGGCAGAGAGGGUAGACCUCUUCGCAGAGACGAACCGAAGGCUCACCAUGGAGGACGGGCCUGUUGAAAGCGCGCUGGAGGUGGAAGCAAUUGUGGACGAUGAGGUGCACGUUUCAGAUGGCAUGAAGUCUCUGGCAGAGGACGUGGACCGGAUGCUGGACCAGAAAAUGCACCGAAAGGAAACGUCCGUGCGGAGGAAAACCGAGCAGGUCGGCGCCCUAAAGGAAAAGCGCAGAGGCAUUGCAAAGCGGCUGGAGGAGCUGCAGUGCAUACUGGACGACAGCAGAAACGAGCAGGAGUCUUCGUUUAUAGCAGAAAUCCAGGAGAACGAAAACAUAAUAGGCCGCCCGUACGUGAAGAAGCCGCUGGGCAAGGAGCGGCUUUUCCAGGAAAUAGAAGAGGCGCAGAAAGAGCUGGAGCACGCCCUAAAAGAGGCCGAGAAGAGAAAGGAAAAGGAGUUCCUCCUGGAAGAAAUAGAAAGAAGGCAACGGGAAAUAGAGUAUGCGCCCUGCCCUGUGGACAUAAAGGGAGAGAUGAGCUACGAAAGCGUGGUGGAGGCGGAGGAGGCCGUGGAGAAGAAGAUGCUGGCCUUGGAUGCAAGGAUACAGGAGAUGCAAAGACGGCAGAAAACUGCAAUAGACAGCAGGCUGAAGGCCGACUCACAGCGCCUUGUGGGCGCGCUCAUGGCGCAGCAGAAGACAAAAAAGAUAGAGGAAAUUUUAAAAGGCGUAACAGGCGAGAUAAAAUCUGGAGGCUCUGCAAUCACAAAGUCUGAAAUUCUGGAAAAAGUAAAGGAGGGCGUGAAGCUGGACCUUGCAUGCAACGAGGAACAAGACGUGCUCUACGAGCUGGGCGAGGAGUGGGGCGGAAUAUCUGCAUCCGAGCGAAUAUACGAGGAGUUUCUUAGCAGGGCGCAGGAGGGGUGUCCGUUCUGCAAGUCUUUUAUCAGCACGGGCGUGUCAAAGGGGCAGGUGCAAAAAAUCCAGGGCAUUCUUGAGUGCAUACGGAGGAAAAAAGAGGAAAUUCAAAGGGAAAUCCAGAGCGAGCAGGAGAAAGCAAAGACGAAGAGGCACCAAGCAAUCCUGCGCGCGCUGAUGAACGAGCUGUCUGCGAUGCUGUGUGACGAGCAUGUUGGCGCGCGCACAGAGGAGGCUGACGGGAGCCAAGUCCUUGAAGAGUGGGCGAUUCUUCUGGAGCGCCUGGGCAAGCAGCUGCAGUCCAUACGGGACAUAAAGAGCAAGUACGUGGAGAUAGAGGCCCUGCGCGCGCGAGAGGAGAAGAUUCGGAUAGUGCACGAGGACUACAGCACUGCGAGCGCGCGAUACAAGAAGAAGCUGGAGGAGCUGCAGGACGUGGAGCGGGAGGAGCAGAGAGAGCUGGAAAACCACAAUGCCUGGGAGCUCAGAAAGGAGCAGUCCAGAGAGCGAAUACAGGAGAUAGAAAGGCAGCUGCAGCAGAGGAAUAAGCACAGAAAAGAGGCUGCCCUUCUCGAAAAAGAGUGCGCGUGCUUGGAGGGGGAGAAAAAGGCCACAGACGCCCUCCUGCAAAAAAGAGUGGAGGAAAUAGAAAAAAGCAUGUGGCAAAAGAGCAUGUGCUACAAAGCAAAGGAGGCCAUCAAAGCGUUCAAAUCGACAAAUGCACAGAUAGUCGAUAUUACGACAGCAAAGGGAAAGAUUGUAGAGAUAUUUGCCCGGCUUGAGGCCUUGUCCAGGCAUGUGUACACGGAGGCACACAGGAAAACCGAAGUGCAGCUGAAAAACCAGCUCAUCGAGAUAGAAGAAAAAAAGUCUAUUAUUUUCCGAAAGAUAUCGGCUGUGACAGAGGCACACAACCACAGACAGCUGGUGAAGGACUCCAUACGCGCCAGCGUGCUGGAGCGCCACAUUGCAGAGUGCCAUGUCACGCAGGACACGCUUGCCUGCCUGCAGAAGGACACAGAGAAAAUAGAGGCUGCCUUGAUGAAGGACCAGAAAACAAUCUCGGAGUGUGCAGGAGAGAGACACAAUCUGCAAAAGCAGAAGGAGGAGGACGAGGCUGAUGUAAAGAUACACGCAAGCGCAGAGGCUGACGAGCUGUCUGCCUUCAUAACCAUGAAGGUGCUGCAGGACAGCAUUCUAGACCUGGAAAAGUACAUAAAGGGAGUUCAGGCUGCAAUUGUGCGGUACCACUCGGAGAAGCUUGCUGAGGUAAAUGCCAUCAUAAAGGAGAUUUGGAGCAUAGCAUACAAAGGCUCCGACAUAGACGAAAUGAAAAUAGUCUCGUACCUGGACAAGACAUACAGCCUGGUCAUGGUCAAGAACGGCGUGGAAAUAGACAUGAAGGGCCGAGUGAGCGCAGGACAGAAGGUUCUCGCGUCGAUAGUUAUUCGGCUGGCGCUUGCAGAGGCGUUCAGCCUAAACUGCGGGUUUUUGUCGCUUGACGAGCCAACCACUAACCUAGACAAGGCAAACAUAGCAGGCCUGGCCAGGGCUCUUUCAUCGAUCAUUCGAGCAAGAAAGGCUGAGGGAAACUUUCAGCUGCUUGUGAUCACGCACGAUGAAGAGUUUGUCCGGGAGCUGCUCUCCACCGAAUGCACAGAGUACUUCUAUAGACUGGAAAGAGACGUUUCCGGGACGCCCAAGAUAGUACAGCUUUCCAUAUACGACAUAUAG